AUGCCAAAAUGGAAAAUUUUCCUCUGGAAACUGUACCAUAACGGGUUAGCAACAACAGCUAACCUUUCGUACCGUGGUCUGGCUAGUUCAGAUGGUUGUCCAAGCUGUAAUUUGGAACCUGAGACAUGCCAACACCUUUUCCGCUUUUGUCAUCUAUCCACGUUAGCAUGGCAAACUAGCCAACUGAGUAUUAAUUCCAAUGUCACUCCCCUUGUGAGCUUUAAAGACUGGCUCAUUGCAUGGAUACACUAUUUCUACCAGCAGGAUGGAUAUAAUGGCCAUCGUCUUCCAUUGUUUGUGGCUAUUUUAUGGGCUAUUUGGCAGGGAAAGAAUCAAAAGGUUUUCAACGGAACAAUACCUGAUCUGCCUCUAAUCCGUUCACUUCAGGACAAAGGUAUCCAACAACACUUUACCUUUCUGGCUACUCCUAUUCCUCAGCUUAAGUUCUUGCAUGAGGCACCAGGUCCUCCAGGGUUUCUUUUCGCACAUUUUGGGUUAUCCUUCUCCGAGGUACCACAGUUACAUAUACAAGUAGAUGGGUCCUGGAAGAAGUCUUCUCCUUUGGCCGGUAAUGCCUGGGUUGUUGAUAACGUUAGUACUAACGCAAGGGAGGGCCAAGGUAGCUGCAUUUAUGCUGAGUCAGCCCUGGUGGCUGAAGCCCGGGCUUUUCUGGGAGCCUUGCUUUGGGCUCAAGCUCGGGGUUAUUAUCAAAUUUUGAUCUACACAGACUCCGAAAUCCUGGUCCGGAGUUUGCUUCAUCAAGCCACACAACCUAUUUCAAUUGCCUGGACUCUCAACGACAUUCGAAUCCUGGGACAACAACUCCGAUGGUGUCGGAUUAUAAAAGCUAAUCGGCAACAGGUGUAG